UUUUUCUUACCCACGAAGAAGCACCGGAAAAAGUAAUGUCUGUCAACGGAAGUGUACAAUUUCAAAAUGGCGCUGGACGGAAUGGAUCAUAUGGACGUAGAAGAUAGCAAAGGGGGCACCGGCCUCCGCCAAUAUUACCUGUCAAAAAUAGAGGAGUUACAGCUCACAGUGAACGACAAGAGUCAAAAUCUUAGACGUUUACAGGCACAGAGGAAUGAGCUCAAUGCCAAAGUGCGCCUCCUUCGAGAGGAGCUUCAGCUUCUGCAGGAGCAGGGCUCCUAUGUUGGGGAGGUGGUGAGAGCCAUGGACAAGAAGAAGGUUCUGGUCAAGGUUCAUCCUGAGGGAAAGUUUGUGGUGGAUGUUGACAAGAACAUUGACAUUAAUGAUGUCACUCCCAACUGCCGCGUUGCCCUGAGAAACGACAGCUACACCCUCCACAAGAUCCUACCCAACAAAGUGGACCCCUUGGUGUCCCUGAUGAUGGUGGAGAAGGUUCCUGACUCCACGUACGAGAUGAUUGGCGGCCUGGACAAGCAGAUUAAGGAGAUCAAGGAAGUGAUCGAGCUGCCUGUGAAACACCCGGAGCUCUUUGAGGCCCUGGGUAUCGCACAGCCAAAGGGUGUGCUGCUGUAUGGUCCUCCUGGCACAGGGAAGACCCUGCUGGCCAGGGCUGUGGCUCACCACACAGACUGCACCUUCAUCAGGGUGUCUGGCUCUGAGCUCGUCCAGAAGUUCAUUGGGGAAGGGGCACGUAUGGUCCGUGAGCUCUUCGUCAUGGCCAGAGAGCAUGCUCCCUCCAUCAUCUUCAUGGAUGAGAUUGACUCGAUCGGCUCGUCUCGUCUGGAGGGCGGCUCUGGAGGAGACAGCGAGGUGCAGAGGACCAUGCUGGAGCUCCUCAACCAGCUGGACGGCUUCGAGGCCACCAAGAACAUCAAGGUUAUUAUGGCAACCAAUCGUAUUGACAUUCUGGAUUCAGCAUUGCUGAGGCCUGGCCGUAUCGACAGGAAGAUCGAGUUCCCCCCUCCCAAUGAGGAGGCUCGCUUAGACAUCUUGAAGAUCCACUCCCGUAAGAUGAAUCUGACCCGUGGCAUCAACCUGCGCAAGAUCGCCGAGCUCAUGCCCGGAGCAUCGGGGGCAGAGGUCAAGGGGGUGUGUACGGAGGCUGGCAUGUACGCACUAAGGGAACGGAGGGUCCACGUCACCCAGGAGGACUUCGAGAUGGCUGUUGCUAAGGUCAUGCAGAAGGACAGCGAGAAGAACAUGUCCAUCAAGAAGCUCUGGAAGUAGUUGCUUCAAAGUCCACUUACUCUCAAACACCCGGCAGUGUCUCAUCACAUACAUGUAUAUUUUUUUUCUUUUGUUUUCAUGAGUUGAAUUUAUAAUUGUUACCUAAAUGCUAAAUAAAAUAAAACCCCUCUUGAGUAUAA